GUCAAAUGGGCUCGCUCGGCCCAGGCUACCUGGUUUCAGGAAACAGGCCAGGCCGGACAGUUCUCCCGAGCUCGGCAGACUUCCCCCUUCGCUCGGCCAAGUCAACAGCUGGAAUCGCUUGCAGCAGCGGCGGAAAUGGAGGCGGAGAACUGGGAAAGCUGUUCGAGCGACGGGGACCUCGGCGCGCAGGACCUGAGGGACGAAGAAGACGCCUGCUAUUCGUCGUUGGGGUCGGCCUCCAAGCUGCAGUUCAGGAAAGCGAGCUCGAAGGCUCGCUGGGACAGUGAGAUCGGGAUGGCCGAGGUGGUGGAGAGGAAGGGCCAGAUUUGGACGACGACGGGGAUCGUAAGGAGCGGGAAGCUUUACUGCUCAAUCGAGGAGACUGUGUUUCUUAUGGAAGUAGGGGCGCUUGUUCUUCUUGGCGAGGAUGGCGGAGGCCUCUCAUUGCAAAGUGUGUAUGAGAAGUUAGCAGAAGAGAAGAAUGGUUGUUGUUGGGAACUGUAUGAGGUCUAUAGGCAUCUCAAAUCUCUUGGUUACAUUGUCGGGAGGCACGGUGUUCCGUGGAGUCUGAAGAGUGUCAAGGGUGAUGAUGUUGCUAUCGAAGAUAAGUUCAUUACCGAGAAGUUGAGCACGCUGGACUUGAAUGAACUCACACCAGCCUUUGAUGUCUACCUCCCAAAUGGUAAAUUCAGGAAGUCCUCUCCUGGUGACCCCAGCUACGUGCUUUGCAUAACAAGGGAGAAUCCACCAUCUAGAGCAGAGGUCGAAGUUGUUGAGAAACAAAUUGGGCAUAUUCCGGUGAAGUUUUGUCACGUAGAGAAUGGAAGAGUGAGUUUCUUUUCCUUCAGCAGAGUGGAUCUUCCCGUCCUACCAUAGCAAUUUUGUGUUAGAUUAACGGAUUUAGGCCGGUGGAGGAUCUUAGUGCUCUCGUUCCAUCUGUGAGGACCAAUUCUAUGACGUGACUCCGCCAACCUUGAGCUUUAAAAGGCAGUUAAUAUGUGGGUCAUUAUGGAAGCUAAUAUGUUGCGGGAUAACGCUCGAGAUGCCAACGUGGAGAAUCACAGUAUGAGCAGACUCACAAUAUCAAUCUAAUCGAGCAGAAUGUUUCUGCAGUCUGAUCACAGUAGAAUAUUUCUAACUGUGAUGCAGUCUCAGAGACUCUUGUCAAGACCAGUUUGAUUGGUGUUGCUUUGAUUGUUAUGGGACCUGUGACAACCAAUGCAUUGGUGUAGAAGACUCCACUGGCAUCUUACUCAUUACAGCGCAGUUUAUCUAUUCUUGUGAGCAUGUAUAAUCAUGAAUCGACGGAUUGGCAUUUACCAUGUAUGAUGAAUUUACCGCUAUGAAAAACAAGUUUAUUGCUUGUGCU